CAUCAGCAGCAGCUUCCUAGAAGACCCCUCUAACAACGCCGCCCCCCAGGCUCCUUUGCGUUAAGCGGCGUCCCCUCCGGCUCCGAUCAUCUCCCUAACAGCUCCAUCAGCUUCCUUCAUAGCUUCCCAUCCAAUAAUGUAACGGUCGGCCUCCUCGGGUACCUCGAUGACACGGAGGCUGGACUCAUCCCCGACGUGGCGACGUGCAUCAUCAUCAUCAUCAGCCUUCCUCUCAUCCUCAUCGCCAUCUACUCCCUCUACUCGCUGGUACGUAGUGACCACGUUGCCCCCAUCUACGUCAUCAACCUUCUGACCUCUGACCUCAUCCAGCUCUGCUGCAUGAUCUGUGAAGUCGCCCGUCCUCGGAGCCCGAUGAUACUCCUCAUCAACAUGUGUCUUUACGUCUACAGUGUGACGACCAGUGUUGUCUUCAUGGUGUGCAUCGCCCUGGAAAGGUACCUGCUGAUCGUCUUCCCCCUGUGGUACCGCUGCAGACGAACCAUGCGGUCCACCGUGGUGAUCUGUGCCCUGGCCUGGGUCCUUCCUUCUCUCUACUUUUCCACUUUUUUUGUUGGUGUUCGUUUUAAACUCCCCCAAAUCAUCGCCUUUGUCUUCCAGCUCCUUCCCCUCCCACUGCUCUUGUUCUUCUGCUGUGCGACUCUCAGAGCCCUGUCUGCCUCCGUCUCCGUCCUGCCUGACGAAAAACGACAAAUUGUAGGAACUUUGGUCCUGGUGCUGCUAAUUUACAUGCUGCUGUUCCUGCCCAACAUCAGUUUGAUGCUGGUAGAGAAAUCUACAAAAGACCGAUCACUAACUAAUAUUCUCUUCUACGUGUCUUCGGUGUUUCUUAAGCUGAAUCCUCUCGCAGACCUGGUUCUGUAUAUCUUCAUGAAGAAAGGGGUCCUAGACAAGAUCUUGUCCUCUGUGCGUUGCUGCAGAGUAGAAGACAGAGAUCUCAGGACGGUGUGAACUAGAAAAAUGGACCCAGGCUCCAUCCACCCUGCUACCAUUUAGGAGACAAAAA